AUGAGGAUAUGGGUUAAGGCUUAUUUGCUGCUUUUGACAAUUGUGAUUCAUCAGUCUCAAGGUACAAGGUUGCUACAGGGUUCUAUACUGAAUAGGCAGAAUGAUCCUACAGACAAACACAGAGAACAUCUUUCAAGGGCGAAGACGAACAACGAAGAAGUUAACGAGUUCGUUACUAGCGAAAGAAAGCUUCUUCGUUCAGGAAAGGUUAGAAAACUAACAAUGAUGAGUUUUACCACAAUCGGCAAGAAGGACGAAAAUGAAGAAAACCGUCCCAAGAUGAAAGUCUCCACAACUAACCAAAACAUAGGAGGCAAAGACGCAAAUAAUAUCUCAGUUAGUUCUUCGCCCGAAACCUAUUCGGGGGAUUUAGACAUAGCUGGGAUGGAUUACUCUCUGGCAAUAAGAAAACCACCUAUACACAACUAA